CCUGUCAGCGCUGCUCCAGCAUCAACAGCAGAUGCCGGCUGCUCUCCUCUCAGGGUGCAACGGUUUCUCUGGGCUCAUUUCGCCUUCACCCUCUUCGAAUAUGAAGGACAUGGCACUGCGCAAUGAUGCGUGAUCCACUCUGAUGACUUUUUGGAUUCACAUAUCUGACUCUGGAGCUAUGCCAUUUCAUUUGGAACCUAAUUAAUUAAUUGGUGACAAUUAAUUAAACUGUGUCCUUUCUUCGCUCUGUGAGCAUCCAACAUGUAUAAUUUAUGCGUCGUCGUCCUGGUGUGUUGUGCGUUUUAUCCACGGGGCCUUGCCGCGCCACAGCGCGUGGGUGCAGAGCCCGGGUCGCAACCUGUGAGCAACAACGACAGGCUUCAGGAGGAGAUAGAAGGGCAGGAGAGCAUCCUCUCCAAGCUGCUGGGUGAUUAUGACAAAGUGAAAGCCGUGUCGGAGGGCUCUGACUGUGGCUGUAAAUGUGUUGUCAGACCCCUGAGCAGGAGCGCCUGUCGUCGGAUAGAAGAGGGCAGCGCCACGGUGCAGGAUUUCUUUACCGUGGAGACCAUCACAUCUGGACCUGAGUGCAAGUGCGCCUGCAUCGCGCCUCCGUCAGCGGUCAACCCCUGCGAGGGCGAAUUCAGGCUGAAGAGGCUGAGGGAGGCUGGAAAAGAGAAUGUCAAGUUGUCCACCAUCCUUGAGCUGCUGGAAGGCUCCUUCUAUGGCAUGGAUCUACUGAAGCUGCACUCCAUCACCAAUAAGCUCCUGCAUCGUGUGGAACACAUUGAAAAGGUGGUGUCUCUGAACAACACCACAGAUGAGGUGAAGCCCCAGGAGACUCCUCCCACUCAGGCAGAUGUCACUGAAACCCCGCCCACCACUCCUGCUCACCAGCAUCAGGACAAGAAGAGAGAAGAAGAGGUCAGUGGGGCAGCAGCACAUCAGAACCCACAGGCAAAGUAUGAGGAGAAGUCGACUGAGGAAAACACAUCCUUUUUGCAGAUGGAUGGUUCUGCUCAGAUUAUUGAGGUCAAAAACGUGGCGAACAAGGAGGCUCCUCAGGUAUCGAAGGCUGGGCCCAAUGGCAUGAUCAUUAGAGGAAUGACUUUUUACAAAUCCGAGCCUGAACCAAUGGUGGCAGAUGAUGGGGAACCUGGAGAGAACUUUUUAGAGUAUCAUGGAUUCAGUGGUGACGGCCCAAACGAUCUCUUCAUCGAGGAGAAACUUCUUCAGCACAGAGCCCCUCGCCCCAGGAUGCGGGCAAGACCGCGAUCAUUUCGACCAAAGACAACGGCCCCGUUGCACGUCUCCAAAGAGACUGACCAGUCAACAAAACCAGAAGAAAUCCAGUCCACCUCAGAAACUCAUAUCCAGUCCGUCAGCGCCACUGAAUCCACAUCACUUUGGUCAACACGAGCAAACAGUGACACAGCCAUGACGACACAAAAAACUGGAACCCCAGACAGUGAACCUCAGACUACACAAAGAGUCACUGUUGCAAACAGUAAACAGAUGAUCCACUCGAUGAAUGAAGCAGCCGGCACCCCACCAAGUAUCACUGCCAAGCAAACAACCCAAACUACUUUGAACACAGUUCAUCGUCCUGAAGUUACAACCACAGAGGUAAUCCUACCAACAUUCACGGCAGAGAAUACACUCGCUACUGUGAUGGAAACAUCUGCCUGGGAACCGAAAGAGCAAAUGCACACGAUGCCUGGCAGCACAGAAUCGAACCCAAGCACACUUGCACCAAAUCCAACCACAGAGGCUUCAACUAUCAGCCCAACUUCCACUUAUUCCAUGACAACCCAUGCUGCCCCGACCUCCACACCAGUUACCUUCACACAGGCUGCUACAACAGUGACAGAAGAAGAGUCUGGUUCAACUUUGCCACCAACCACACAGAGACUGACAACUUCAGCCUCACAUUCUUCUGCAGCCGCCGCCGCUACCAUUAGUACCACCACCACAACCACAACCACCACCACCACCACCACAACCACACAGGCUUCUCAGGUCAAACAGAAAUACAAAAGCAGCUGGGAAGAGAAACUGGGGAAGGAGGAACAUCGGGAAUUACAUGAACCAGUGCUGAGACAGCAGGACUCUGCUUCAGGAAAACCAGAGGAGUGUAAGGACACUUUGGCAACAAUCUCUGAGCCAGUGACUCACAACACCUAUGGCAGGAAUGAAGGAGCAUGGAUGAAAGAUCCCAAGUCAAAUAAUGACAAAAUUUAUGUCACAAACUUUUAUUACGGAAACAACCUCCUGGAGUUUCGCAACCUGGAGGUUUUCAAACAAGGCCGUUUUACCAACUCCUACAAGCUUCCAUACAACUGGAUCGGCACUGGCCAUGUGGUCUAUGACGGGGCCUUCUACUACAACCGUGCUUUCUCUCGUGACAUCAUCAAGUUUGACCUGCGCCAGCGUCACGUGGCCUCCUGGACCAUGCUCCACGACGCCCUGUUCGAAGAGUCGUCAUCACCGUGGGAUUGGCGCAGUCAUUCCGACAUCGACUUUGCUGUGGACGAGAGCGGCCUGUGGAUCAUCUACCCAGCGCUGGACGACGAGGGCUUCUUACAGGAAGUGACCGUUUUGAGUCGACUGGACCCCUCGGACCUCAGUAUGCAGAGAGAGACCACCUGGAGAACGAGGCUCAGGAGGAACCGCUAUGGGAACUGCUUCAUCGUAUGCGGCGUCCUUUAUGCUGUUGACAGCAACAACCAAAGAGAGGCCAACCUGGAAUACGCCUUCGACACACACACAAACACACAGAUGAUUCCCAGAAUGCCCUUCAUCAACAACUACACCUACAUCACACAGAUUGACUACAACCCCAAAGAGGGUGUGCUGUAUGUGUGGGACAAUGGACACCAAGUCACGUACAACAUUAAGUUUGCUUAUGUAGACCCCAAUUAAGGGUUAGAGAGUAGUUAUUUUAUAAAGUUAAUUCUAUGGAAAGUGUGGAUUGUAGAUCAGUCCAUGUGGCCUUCAGUGUGGAGACAAACGGAGGCCAAAUGUACAUAGAGUUGGGUCCAAAGGUUUGAGUAGAACCCAACUUUUUAUGCUUUGGUAUAUUGUGAUAAAAUUGCUUUA